AUGGCCCAAAAGAGGUUUAUCGUGGCCUCUUCGCCCAACGUCGGCGAUGUGGCUGCCGAGGUGUCCCCAUCGUCCUCUGCGGAAUCUUUAUCGAGUCGACAUUGCCGGUCAACCGAUUCGCCCGCCGCCACGCCCCUACGUCGGUUCGAGGACUUCCCCGUCCUCCGUUGGGCCCGGCCGCCGACGAGGUCCUACCUCGGGGUCCGGCAGCGGCGGUGGGGGACGUGGAUCACCAAGAUUACGGAUUGGGAGACCCACACCCACCGGUGGCUCGGUAGCGUCCACACUACCGAGCUCACGGCCAUGGAGUACGACCGCUGGCAGGUCCGCUACCAUGGCGCGGCGGCUAAGCUUAAUUUCCCCUUCGACACACGUCCGGUCGACCUCGUCCCGCCGGAGUGA